GCAGCCUCUUCCCAACACUGCUAAAGUAUCCAGUUUUUCACGGCAACAAAUUGACAAAGAAUUUACAAGAUAAUUUCUUGAUUGCAGGUGCGAUUGCUGGGUGCGUAAAAGCCACUGAAAAGCAGGGCUGGAAAGUAGAUAAACAGGAAGUGAAUUGUUACAGGGAGAUCGAGACUUUAAAGCAGUUGGCCUACUGCGACGCACCAAACACUUUUUUUUGUAUGCUGUGAGCCGCGAGGAGGCGGAAAUCGGAAAUCGGGAGUUGGGACAACCGCAAUCGGGAAUCAGGAGUCGGGGCAAAUGGAGCAGAACUCGAACGCGGAGACGUUCGCGGAGGCACCUGCUCCGGAUGCAGAGUACGGCAUGGCCAUGGAGAACUGCUCCGGAUCCGCUGCCUCGGGCAGCAGCGACACCGUGAGUGCCAAUCACGAGUUCCAGACCAUGAAACCGGGUCCCGGAGUGGUGCACAAAGUGCCACCGGUCGUGGCCACCAAUGUCAUCAAUACCACCAAUGGACGUUCUCGAGCCGAGCUGCCGCACAACGAGCUGGUCAAAAUGCUAUACUAUCUGGAGGGCGAGCUGCAGGCACGGGAUGUCUGCAUUGCCGCUCUGAGGAACGAGCGGGUGAAGCAACUCAUUGCCCAGCUGCGGACAAAGCGGCUGCAGCCCAACGAUCCGUAUGCGGCCAUAUUCCGGGACAAGAUAGCCCUCAACGGGAACCUCAUCUCCCGGGAGUCAUCCACACAGGCGGCACAGGCCGAAAUGGAGGUGCGCCAGAUCAUCGAGCAGCAGAUGGAGCAGCAGUAUCAAAUGGUCAGCAAGCAGAGGGCCACGCAUGUGCGCAUGGUCAACAUACUGACCGAAUCGCUGGAGAACAACCAGAGGAUGCUGCAGGAACUGGAGGAGGAGAAGCGCAAGCAUGAACACACCACGGCGCAGGGCGAUGACAUUACCUACGGCCUGGAGAUGGAGCGCACCAAGCUAAAGCAGGACCUCGAGGAGGAGCGCGCCCAGGUGGCCAAGAUGGAGAAGGACCUGAAAAAGCUGCAGGAGACGCUCGAGUACGAGCGCAACCGGCAGAAGCAGAUUGUGCUGCUGCUGAUUGCGGAGCGCAAGAAGAUCUUAAUGAAGUACAUAGAAGAGGGCAAACGUUCUGAGGAUCUGGCACAAAUUCUGGCCGAGGAGAAGCAGCGUUCGGACACCAUAGCCGAAGGCCUCGAGGAGGAGAGCAAAAAGUCCCUGCGCAUGGAGGAGGAGCUGGAGAAGCAAACCCAAGCCAUGGAGCUGGAGCGCAAAGCCCUUUUUGCCAAACUGGCCAAGGAGGAACUGCGGGUCAAGGAACUGGAGCAGGAACUCAAUGCCCUCCGCAGCGAGCAUGAGGCUCUGAAAAAGCAGCAGCCACUGGGGGGCAGCGGCUCAUCAUCGGUGGCCGCCGCCAAGGCGCGACAGUUCAGCGACGACGCCUGUGCCACGCCGCCCAUGGUGAACAUCGCCAAGAUCGUGCAGCCAACCGCCACGGUGAGCAGCAUGCCGGUUUCGGGACCACAGACCGGCAUUGCCCGCUCCAUAGCGCCAGGCCAGAACAUCCGGAGCGCUGGAAUCGCAACGGCGCCCACGGGCACGGCCACAGCAGCAGUAGCACCACUGUCGGCCGUGCUCAACCACACAACCAGCACCACGAACAACACCACCAGCAGCAGCAGCAGCAGCAUCAUCUCGAGCGUCGGACCAGCCACUGCAUCCGUGGAGACAAUUGCUACUGUCACCGUGCCCCUGGUGGCGCCACCCUCACCCUCGCCGGCAAAGAUGCAGCCCACUGCCACCAUCCAGCGGGCGCCAGGUGGCAAGUACGCUGCUUUGGCUGCGGCAGCUGCCCUCGACCAGACGGCCACACCACCGCAUCCCCAUCCUGUGCCCAUUGCCGUGCCACCAGUCACCGUGCCACCGGCGGGAGCCCGUGGAGCUCCGCCACCCAUACCGAUCAAGCCAAUAGUACCGCCCAAGCGGGAGCCCUCGCUCUCAAGGCUGGGAUCGAUCACGGGCAGCAGUGCCAUUGUGGCUGCCACCGCUGCAGCCAGCACCACAGCCUCGGUGUCGACGAGUGGCACGACGAGCACCGCGGCGAAGCAUAAUUAGACACCCCCUUUUCACUCAGACUCACAUAAUUAACCAAUAUUGGGCGUAGGAUAAGCGAGACACUCAAGUGGCGUUGUCUGUCCCUCGAUGCACGCGCUAGGCAACAUGAUCUUCCGUCUCGAACUGCCAUCAGCCUUUAUUUAUAGUACAUUAACGAUCUAGAGCUAUAUUUACUAAUCAGUGGCAGCCUUUCAUGCAACGUAUUUUACUGAUCAGUAAAUGUAGCUUUAGCACAUUUAUAAAAAGCUCUUACUUAACUUUCUUUUUACUUAAUUUCACUUUCAAAUGUGUUUUAGUUAGUUGUCACCUUAUUAGUGAUAUUUUUUUGAAAUAUUUUGAAAAUGAAGUUUUAAAAGGGGCUUAAUGUUGUAUAGCCACUUUGAGUUUUGCCUACUUUAAAUACUUUGUUUUUUACGCUUCGUUCUGACAAUUUACAAUAGCUUCUAUUAAAUACUCUUAUUUUUAAUAACUCGUCAAAUUUAAAAGUUAUGGGCAUUUUAUACCCCUUGUGAAACCAGAACGAACCUUAAAGUCCCUUAUACUCUUAAAUCGUUGCAAAAUUUUGUUUAUUUGUAUAGCAAACGUAUAGUAUUUGUAUUUAUCCUUUGCAACUUAUUUUCAUAGAGAUAAAAUUUGUCAGUUCGGGAUUGGAAUCUUAAUAAGCAUAAAUGUUUUGAUUAUUUAAAUUAUUUUCUGUUGCCUGGUGUGAUUGACUGAGGAUGCGGAUUUUGCAAAACAAA